CCCUGGUCCAUUGGCAGACCAGCAGCCUCAGCAGGAGGUAGGGGAGGGAAGAGGAGGGCCAUGUGCCAGAGAGCCCCUUUCCUCCCAGCCUCCAGCCAGAUGAUGUGUGUUUCUGUGGAGUGGGACUGUUAGUGAAGGAGCUCUCCGCCUGCCUGUGAACAGAACAGUAUUCAGCAGUAAUUAGCAGGUGCUGUGAGAAGCCUCUCUGUUCCUACUGGACAUCAGGAGCUGCCAGACCUCUCCAGAACCUCUCCAGAAGCCAGAGAAGAGCUCUUGAGGGUCAACGGAGCGAGGCCAGAGAGGGUCGGGUAAACCAUGGACCUGUGUGCCUCCACUCUCGAGCUGCUGGGGAUGGUAGUGUACAUGGCAGCCUGGCUGUGUGCUCUGGCCACCACUCUGAUGCCACAGUGGCUGACCCUGUCCACAGACCUCUUGCUCACAGAGAGCUAUGAGCUGGGUCUCUGGGAGACCUGCGUGGUCCAGGACAUGGGGGGGAUGGAGUGUCGACCCUACGACAGCCUGCUGGGCCUGCCUCAGGACAUCAAGGUGGCCCGUGUCUUCAUGUGUAUCUCCCUGGCUGUGGGCCUGCUGGGCCUGCUGCUGGCUAUCCCUGGUCUUCACCUGGUCAACAGCUUCAGCCAGGGGCUGGAGGGCUGCAGGGCCAAGAGGAUUAUGAAGGUGGCAGGAGGGGUGCUGGGGAUGGUAGCUGGGGUGCUUUCUCUGGUCCCUGUUUCCUACGUCGCCCACUUGACGGUAAUGCGUUAUUUUGAUGAGUCGGUGCCGGAGGUGGUGCCACGCUGGGAGUUUGGUGAUGCCCUGUUUUGCGGCUGGGUGGGGGGGUUCCUCCUGCUGGUGGCUGGAUUACUCCUGUUUGUAUCCUGUCUGGGGCCUCUGGCAGACCAUUCCAGGGGACCCCAGGCAGACUAUUACGGAGCACCCCAGGCUGACCAUUCCAGGGGACCCCAGGCAGACGGAGCACCCCAGGCACAAUCGCCGAAGAGAUACGAGGUCCGGAGUACAGAUCAUUCCUCCAGGAAACCUCCAGAGUAUGUUUGAGGCGAGGGGAGGUGAAAGGAAGGAGAGGGGAGGGGAGGGGAGGGGUAUUCUAUUCUGGAAGGUUUAUGGAUGGUUCUGCCUCUCUUGAAAAUAGUUAAACAGCCUAAGAACCAGCCCUGGCACUCUGGCUGACUGCUUUUUAUGUCAAACCCAUAGGGAAUACCUGGAGCAACUUUCACAAUACAUUUUUUUUUAUGUCAGAUUCAGAGGAAAUAGUUUGGAUGUAAACCUGCUACAUCCACACCCCAUCCUCCCCGACUCUAUAAAACCUGCUCCAGCCUCACCCCAUCCUCCCUGACUCUAUAAAACCUGCUCUAGCCUCACCCCAUCCUCCCUGAUGCUAUAAAACCUGCUCCAGCCUCACUCCAUCCUCCCUGACUCUUUAAAACCUGCUCCAGCCUCACCCCAUCCUCGCUGACUCUAUAAAACCUGCUCCAUCCUCACUUCUUCCUCCCAGACUCUAUAAAACCUGCUCCAGCCUCACCCCAUCCUCCCUGACGCUAUACAACCUGCUCCAGCCUCACUCCAUCCUCCCUGACUCUGUAAAACCUGCUCAAGCCUCACCCCAUCCUCGCUGACUCUAUAAAACCUGCUCCAGCCUCACUCCAUCCUCCCUGACUCUUUAAAACCUGCUCCAGCCUCACUCCAUCCUCCCUGACUCUUUAAAACCUGCUCCAGCCUCACUCCAUCCUCGCUGACUCUUUAAAACCUGCUCCAGCCUCACAAUUUUUUUUUAAUAAUGUCAAUUUAAUGUAGAAAUUAAACACUUGAUAUACAGUAAUAGUUUAUUGUUAUAAAUAUAAGUAUAUGUUCACUGAAUAUGUUCACUGAAUUUAAGAUGUUUUUGUAAAUAAUAGUUGACAAUUAUAUCAAUGAUAAAUCAAUAAUCUACUGUAAUGAAUUGAUCUGAAUAAAAUUGGUUUCCCUCCAACAUGCUGAGGUUGA